AUACGCCGAUCAAUUCAAUAAUAGUAUUGAAAAGAAUUUCAUCCAAGAAAUUAUACGAGUAUUAAAUUUUUUUUAGUCACUCAACAUGAUUAAAUUUUUUAUGUUCUGUAUCAUUUUCUCUAUUAUUGCUUCAACUCUCUGGUCAUGUCAAGCUACCUCAACUAAUAAUAGCCCACCAUCACCUCCUGCAUCCAAGGAUUAUAGGAUUUACUGGAAUGUUCCAUCAGAGUCAUGUAACAAGUAUGGGAUAUAUUUUCCCGAGGUUAGCAGCAAUUACGGAAUAAUUCAAAAUUUAAAUGACACGUUUAGGGGUAACAAUAUAACCAUAAUGUAUCAUCCUGGGAAUUUUCCUCGUUUAUUGAAGAAUUCAAACGGUUCCUUUACUAUCAUAAAUGGUGGAGUACCUCAAAGAGGGAAUCUGGACGAACAUUUGGAACGCUUUAGAGCGGAUCUCAGAGAACAAACUGACCCCAACUUCUCUGGAAUUGGAAUAAUUGAUUUUGAAUACUGGAGACCCAUUUACAGACAAAACUGGGGAUCGGCUUUAGUGCACUAUAGAAAUUAUUCUGAAAAGCUUGUACAAAUAGAUAAUCCAUCUUAUGAUAACGACACUUUGAGAAGAAGAGCUUCAACACAGUUUCAUAUUGGUGCAAGACUUUUUCUAAAAACUACCAUCAGAAAUGCUAAGAGACUUAGACCUAAUGCUUCCUGGGGUUUUUAUAAUUAUCCUGAAUGUUUCAACUUGUCACCUGGGCAAAGAGAUUAUCAAUGUGAUAACAGACUUCGAUUGGAUAAUGACAGAUUAAAAUGGCUUUGGAAUAGUACUGAUGUUUUAUUACCAUCUCUUUAUCCAUCAAAAACGUUAUCAGAUGAGGAAAAAAUAGGAUGGAUCAACGGACGGUUGGUGGAAGCACGUCGUAUUGCUGAUAAAUAUGAUAGACCUUUGGAAAUUUAUCCUUAUUUCUGGUAUAAAUAUAAGGAUGCUCCAGAUACUUUUGUUACAAGACGCGAUAUAAAUAUUUCAUUUGAAGAAAUUUUGAAGCACAACGUAAGUGGUCACAUCAUUUGGGGAAGUUAUCGAGAUUUUGAAUCAGAAGAGAAAUGUACAGAAUUUAAAAAUUAUCUAAAUACGAUACUUGGACCAAUGAUGAGAAAUAUAAAACUUUAUGCAGAAGAGAGAAAUUCUUAAUUGUGGUGUAGAAGUACUGAGUGGUUUUAAAAACCCUGACGAAGUUGAAAAAUGAAAAAUUCCUAUUGGAUAGAAAAAAAAUAAUGAAGUUGUUUCUACAAAAAUCUCUCAACUGUACUGAAAAGUCAAGCUUAAAUUAGUGAUAAAGUCUAGGUAUAAAGAAUCUUGAAAAACUUUUUGAAGAAUAUAAAACGACAUUACUUCAGAACCUCGAUAGCAAUCUGAUGAUCCGAUAAAUCCAAUCAGGUUACUCAUCUAACUAUACUCCACUUUUUUUAUCAUCUCUCUUAGUCGCUCUAUUUCAAACUCUCUCUAAUGAUCAUGAAAAUCCAUCGAAUAUCAAAUACGAUUUCAUCUGUCUUCUGAUUGCAUCUUGGUGUGACUGCAUUUACUUUCUAUUCUUUUCAAAAUGGAAAAAUAUUUUUUUUUACUAUUAGUUGAAAAUUUAAAAACAUAUCAUUAUAAAGAUUUAAUUAAAAGUUUGUUUUCUAUUAAAAAUAAAUUUCAACAAGCAUCAAUAUCUUUUGAACUGAAUAAAAAAUAAAUAUACACGGAGAGAAUUUUUCACUGCUUAGAAGAAAAAAAAUGAAAAGUAUACGAUUCGAAGUUCAAAGGUAAAAACGUGUGUAUACAGAAGUGAAUUUUACUUACAGUAACUCGAAAUUCACUUGUAUAUAUCCACAUUUUAUUUCGGAACAGUAAAAAGAUUCUUUCCGUGUAAAGAGCAUGACGAGUUCUGAAAGACCUCUUCAUAUUUUGAAAAACAAAUUAUUGAUUGUAUUUGUUGGUAAUUAAA